GGAGCACUCCCAGCGCACGGCAUGCGCCGUGUGCUGCAUCCCACAUGGAGGCGGCGCCGCGUGCUGCUGCUGCCGCUGCUGGCAGUGCUGUGUGCGUGCGGGGGCGUGUCCACCCAGUGGAUACAGGAAUCCCAGAAGGCGGUGCUGAAGGCUCUGCUGGACGAGUGGGACACGUUCCCUCUCAGCAACUCGUGGGUCACGGGGACCAUGUGCUCGCAGAUGCUGGGCAUUGCAUGCACCUCCGAUGGCUUCAUCACCAAACUGCAACUCGUCUACCAGCCUCUGGGGAAGUCCAUUCCCGAUGCGCUGAGCGGCCUGCAGUCCCUCAACUACCUUGUUCUCUUUGGGUGCCAGCUGACCGGUUCGCUGCCCUCCGCCCUCUUCACGUUGCGAAGCCUCACAUAUAUGGACCUUGGUGGCAACAGCCUCUCUGGCUCUAUCCCUGCUGACAUCAGCAAUCUCAGCAACUUGCAAUCCCUUACUCUGGGAGAGAAUUCUUUUGAGGGCCCGCUGCCUACGGAAAUGUCAUCUCUAAAGGAGCUCCAAGCCCUGAGGCUGAGCCACAACACCCUUUCGGGCCCUCUUCCACCCUUCCUCGCCACAUUCACUAACCUUGACACAUUGACCCUGGACUUCAACAGUUUCACGGGCUCGCUGCCUGAGGGCCUGGGCCAGCUGCGGAGACUCACACGCCUGCACCUGGAGUACAACCGACUAGAGGGCAGCAUCGUGUCCUCCCUGGGAGCCCUCACUGACCUGCGCUACCUGAUACUGGGUGUGAAUGACUUCACUGGCACCAUCCCAUCAUCACUGGGCAACCUCAAGAACCUCGAGGCACUUGCCUUGCGUGACCUGCGCCUGCACGGCCUGCUGCCGCCGUCGCUCACCUCUCUGCAAAAGCUCUGGCACUUCUCCUUCAGCUGGCACCAAGCCCACCCCUGCCUUGCAUGUGCGCUGGGUGGCAGGGAGCUGUCAUUUAUGUAUCUGUCGGGACACGUGGCACCCAUCGUGGCUCCUAUGAAGAAGCUCAAGAACCUAUUGCUGAGUUUCAACCAGUUCACAGGAGAUGUGCCCAUACCAGCCUCCCCAGCCCUGGCAUCUGUCAACAUUCAGAGCAACUACUUCACCUCCGCGCCCAUCCGCCCUAAGAACUGCUCUGCUGUCAGCCUCAGGCUCUUUGACAACUGCCUGCCCACCCUGCUUUGUGGCUCGAGGCAGCAGCAGAGGAGCAACGCGAGUUGUGCUGCGUUCUGUGGGCUGGGGCAGGGCGAGGUGCUGUGCAGUGGGCAUGGGUACUGCUUCAUGAAUGACAGUAGCAUCACGAGCGAGUGUGUGUGCGACGCGCACUACUCCACUCGCAAUGACCCCCACACGUGCACAUACACGAUUGACCCCGUGCUGGCCUCCUCAGCCGCCACCCCCAUGGUGCUGAGUGGCUCGGCGCUGACCUCUGCUGAUGGAGCGCUGCUGCUGACCCCCAAGGCCAACGCCACCUGGGGCACGGCCUUCACAGCCGCGCCUCUCCCCCUCUUCUCCUACUUCAACACCAAGGCCACAUGCGGUUACCAGUUCGCCUUCAACGCAUCCCUUGCCUUCUCUCUCGACCCGGAAGCGGAGGCGGGCGGGGAUGGGCUCGUGUUUGUCGUCACUGCCGCGCUGCCGGACCGACAAGGAGGGGUGGGGAAGCGGAGUGUGGCGGUGGAGUUUGACUCGGUGCUGAGUGUGAAGCACAGCGACCCCAACGACAACCACGUGGGCGUCAAUGUGGGCGGCUCACCUGUGUCCCUCGCCUCUGCCACGGCCCCUCUCAUCCUCAACGACGCCCACACCAAGCACGCCUGGAUCCACUACGACCCCACCAGCGGCGGCACCCUCCGAGUCUUCCUCUCCUCCGACCCCCAGCAGCCCCCCACCCCCUUGUUGCGCGCUCGAGUGUCGCUCUGCUCCAUCCUGCAGCCCAAGGCGUCCGCUGCUGCCUUCUACGUCGGCUUCACAGCUUCGUCCACCGCCGGCCCACAAGCACACUCCGUCCUCAACUGGACCUUCACUGCAGGUCUGUGCCUCUCAUGCUCUCAGCUAUGUGCCUCUCAUGCUCUCAGCUUUGUGCCGUGCCUCACAGGUUUGUGCUUUUCAGAGUUUUCCACCAAGAGGUCGAACACUCGGUUGUGA